CAACAAAUUUCUUCCAGCAUCCAUCAUCUGACCCCAUUUAACAUAUCGUCUUCUCAAAAUGCCUAAAGCCCAGAAAUUCAGAAAGUUUGCGGCCGUUAAGAAAAUGAUCAAUCCGAAUGACUCGCGAUUGAAAAUCAACAAGGAGAAGGAGGAAGAGAAAAAGAAGAAGGCAGAAGAAGCCGAAAAGAAACAUGUGGCUCCACCACCGACAUCGAUGUUCUUGACUCAUAACACGGCACUGGCACCUCCCUACCGAGUUCUGGUCGACACCAACUUUCUGAAUCUAUCACUCACCAACCGGAUCGAUCUGAUCAAAGGGAUGCUGGACUGUUUAUAUGCCAAGGCGAUCCCAUGUGUCUCGGAUUGUGUUUUGGCAGAGCUGGAAAAACUUGGAACCCGAUACCGAUUAGCGCUCAACCUUGCCCGAGAUCCCCGAGUCGAACGGCUGCCUUGUUCCCAUCGCGGUACAUAUGCAGACGAUUGCAUCGUUCAACGGGUUACCGCUCAUCGUUGUUAUAUCGUCGCUACAUGCGAUCGAGGCCUGAGAAGACGUCUACGGAAAAUUCCUGGAGUUCCGUUAAUGUUCAUCAAAAGGAAGCAAUAUGCAAUCGAACGACUCCCCGAUUGUGGACUACCCUCUUGAGCCGAAAACAUACACUUAUUGGUCAACUUGGCAGCUCCCAUUUCCAUAAACCAUCGCAUCGCAAACCUCACACAGAUUUCCCUUUGUAAAACCAAUGAUCAUUAGAAAAUAUAAAGAAAAAAAAACAUAAUCAACUGAAAGACAUUCAAACUCGAAGGAGUGAGAGUAUCC